UCUUCUUCAUUUUCUAGAACAAGAGUUCAAGAAACUGAUCGUAUUUGUGUGUAAUUAAUUGAGAGGAAGUAGCCUACUCCGCCAUCUUACUCCGACGAAAGUGAUGUGAACACACCUGUCGGGGUGUGUUCGCAGGAGGACUUGAACUUUACACACACCAUGUCAUUAGUGAUCGUGUGUUGUUGAGCAGACAUUGAUCAUCUAACUCGUGUUUGAAUGAAUCUCAGCUAAACCCGCGCCGGAGAAGGAGAGCUGGACCCAGUCAUGAGGAGAAAUAAAGCUGAUGUGGAGCGAUACAUCUCUAGAGUCCACAGCUCCUCUCUCUCUCACACAGAGAAGUCAGUGAAAGGGUUUCUGUUCGCCAAACUGUACUUCGAGGCUAAAGAAUAUGAGCUUGCUAAAAGGCAUGUUUCGGAGUAUUUGACGGUCCAGCCGAAGGAUCCUAAAGCGCUCCGGUUCCUCGGGCAGCUGUUCGAACAGGACGGGGAAACGGACAAGGCUGUGGGAUGUUACAAGCGUUCAGUGGAUCUGAAUCCGGCUCAGUCAGACCUGGUUCUGAAGCUGGCGGAGCUGCUGUGCGGGAAACCGGAGCCUGACAACCGGGCCGAGUUCUGGGUGGAGAAAGCUGCCAAACUGCUGCCGGGACAUCCCAACGUCUUCAACCUGAGGGAGAAGCUUCUGAGCUCACGAGGACAGAACGGCUCCGUCCAGCUGUACGAGCUGCUUCAGUCUGAGCUCAAGCUGCGACCCGACGACAUCUACAUCAAUGGCCGGCUGGUGCGUCUGUACAGCGAGGACGGCCGGCUCGAGGAGGCGGUGAAGCACUGUCUGGAGGUGGAGAAGACCGGCCUUCUGAGGGGCCAGCUGGAGUGGUACGAGCUUCUGGUCAAGACCCUUCAGGAGUAUCUCCGCCAGCCGCGCGUGGUGUCGAACGAGCAGGUGUCGCGCAAGUUUCACAAGGAGCUGCUGCUGGCGCUCUGCAGCCGCGUCCGACUGACGCUGAAGGAGAAGAGCUGCGAGGAGAGCGCUGAUGCUCUCUGGAGCUUGGACCGUUUGAUGCAGUCUCUGAAGGACACGGCCACGAAGACUCUGGACGAGCUGUCGGAGGUGUUCACGGAGACGAGGGCUCAGCUGUACCUGUACGCCGGGACGCUGCUUCUGAAGACGGCGCAGGACAGGGCGCGGGAGUGGAGGGCCGUACGGGAUUUUGCGGCUGUCUGUUACCUCGUGGCCUAUCAGGCUCCGAGACCCAAAGUCAAGAGGUUGAAUGGUGAGAAGCUAUCCUAUGAGCCUUUGGAGCUGCUGGCCUCGGACCGCCAGAGUCAGGCGGGUCACAUGCUGUUGAAUCUGAGCCGGGACGUGGAGCAGCUGCUGAAGGAGGUGGUGGAGGCGUUCGGGAACCGGAACGGGCCGAGUCUUCUGUUCGACAUGCUCUUCGGCUCAAAGGAGCACGACCAGCUCUCCUUCAUCUGCAACGACAAGAUGCACAUGGUCAGCGCACACGCGCCCAGAGCCAAACAUCUGGCCAAGUGGGACAGCGGUGCGGUGCUGUUGCACGCGGGCGAUCUUCAGCACCUGGCGUGGCUCGGCCUGCAGUGGGCGCUGAUGGAGCAGAGUGUCAGCCUGCAGCGCUGGCUCAAGCAGCUCUUCCCUCGCCUCACGCUCGAGACCUCCAAACUAGACACCAACUCACCCGAGUCCAUCUGCCUGCUCGACCUGGAGGUGUUCUUGUGCGGCGUUGUGUUCAGCAGUCAGACGCAGCUGCAGGAGACGGCACGGAUGUCCUCGUGCUCCUCACCGCAUCAGCCCCGGUGUUUGCCUCUGCACAUCAUCAGGCUCCUGUCCUCCGCCAAGCAGCGCGAGUGGUGGGACGCCGUCUACCGUCUGAUCCACAAGAGAGCGCUGCCUGGGACGUUGGCUAAACUGCGGAUGCUGGUUCAGCGCGGUCUCGGCACGAUUCGCGCCGGAGAGAAACACGGCCUUCAGCCGGCGCUGCUCAUCCACUGGGCUCAGCAUCUCACUUAUGUGGGGGAACGGGUGAAGGACUAUGCAGGCCGCAGUGUGCACUACUGGAAAGUUGUGCUUCCCUUGCUUGAGAAAAUCCGAAACAAACACAGUAUUCCUGAACCUCUGGAGCCGAUGUUCAUGCACUUUCACAGUAAAGACAUACAGCCUUCUCAAGUGCGAGUAUAUGAGGAAGAGGCCGCCAUAAGCUCUGCCAUACUGCUUGACAUCGAGGGCAACACUGACGAGGCCAUCGCAAAGCUGGAGAAGCUCAACAGCACCUUGUCUAACUGGCAUCUUGCUAAGAUCUAUCAGAGGCUGUCGGAGGAGGUGGGAAACAGAAUGGAGGAGACGCAGGGCAGGUGCACCAACUUCCUCCUGCAGUUCAGGAAAUACCUCACAAAGGCUUAUCAGGCCAGUCCAAAAGACAUGGACAAGUUGCCUGUAUCUAUGGAGGAUGUGAUGGAUAUGCUGAACGAGGUUAACCAUCAGCUUGCAGAAGAUGACGAUUGGGAUGAAGAUCAUGUGGACUAUCCACUGACGUCCAGCCCCGGUCAGCCCACUGAGCCACAUGUGAAGUUCUCCACUCCGUCUCCAUCUAAAAGUUCCACGUCUCCAUCUAAAAGAUCUAUGUUUUCACCCAAAACGACUCCUCACUGGGCCGAGGACCAAAAGUCCCUCCUGCAGAUGUUGUGCCAGCAGUUCGAGUCCUUGAAGAAUGAGGUUCGUGACCUGCUCCUUAAUUCCCCUGAAGCGACAGCAUCCUCAUAUAGGAUGUACAGAGAUAACUAUCCUGCAGAAGGACUUCAGCACGGAUACCCUGGACCACAGGCCUUCCAUGGUGCUCCUCUUACUGGUCCCUCUGCGUACUACAACCAGUCUCCAGCAUAUAAUUCACAGUAUCUUCUACGCACUGCUGCAAAUGUUACACCAACAAAGGCCCCAGUAUACGGGAUGAAUCGUCUUCCUCCACAGCAGCAUAUGUAUGCCUACCAACAAUCAACACACACACCACCUCUUCAGUCCACUCCUGCAUGCAUAUAUCCCCAAGAGCAAGUCUUUGGUGCUCCCAUCCGGUUUGAGUCACCAGCUACAUCCUUACUCUCCCCAUACAGUGAAGAGUAUUAUGGUCACAAUUUUCCUCAACCUACAGUCAAUCCAACAUUACCAGAGCCUGGAUAUUUCACCAAGCCAUGUGUCGAUACAUCCACGCAGCCAUCCAAGAGCAGUGAAAACAAGGCUGUUGACCCCAAGAUGAGUCUUGGGUCGCAGUUCACAGGUGAACCUCCUAAGGUUCCAAACUUUGGGGGUGUGGCCGGUGCCCCAUCAACAUCAGCAACAACUGCCUUCAAGUUCAACUCCAAUUUCAAGUCCAAUGAUGGUGAUUUCACCUUUUCCUCAGCUCAGAUGAAAAAUAGUGAAAGCCUUUUGGGACUUCUGACGUCAGAUAGUCCUCCCAAAGCGGAAGGACCAUCAGAACCGAAACAUCAGACCCAAGACCAGCCGCCUAGCCAAAGCGGAGUCUUUACUUUUGGAAGUAAAAGUGUCACAGGAUUUUCAUUCACCGAUGCUGCUCAGAGCAAAAUGAAGAUUUUUGGCAACACUGACCAAAGAUUUAGCUUUGCAAGUGGAACCAAACCUGUUUUAAGAAUCCCAGAGGUUCGGGAAGAAAAAAGCGGGGAAAGUGAUAAUGAUAGCACCCAUGUGGAAGAGGAAGAGGAUGGACCUCAUUUUGAGCCCAUUGUGCCUCUUCCUGAUAAGGUUGAUGUGAAAACUGGUGAGGAGGAGGAAGAGGAGAUGUUCUGCAAGAGAGCAAAACUCUUCCGGUUCGACCCUGAGACUAAAGAAUGGAAAGAGAGGGGCAUUGGAAGUCUCAAAAUUCUCAAACACAGAACUUCAGGGAAAGUUCGUCUGUUGAUGAGGAGGGAACAGGUUCUCAAAAUCUGUGCUAAUCACUAUAUCACUGCAGAUAUGGUCCUCAAACCAAAUGCUGGAUCUGACAAGACCUGGGUGUGGUAUGCUAUGGACUAUGCAGAUGAAAUGCCCAAGAAUGAGCGGUUGGCCGUUCGUUUUAAAACUGCGGAUGAGGCCACACUGUUUAAAUUAAAUUUUGAGGAAGCUCAAAAAUUCAUUCUAGAGUCUCCACAAGGCCAACAAAUGGAAAAUAAAAAUGAAACUCCGAAACCUCAGGUUUCAUCCAAAGAAAUGGAUCUUAAAACACUGUUUUCCAAGAAGACAGGUGAAUGGGACUGUGAUGUGUGCUGUGUAAGAAACGCUCCCACAUCUGCAGUGUGUGUUGCCUGCAACAGUGCAGCUCCUUCUACAGCAAAGAUUAAACCUGUAGAGGAACUUAAAGGCUCUGCUCCUGUGGCUCCUCAUGCCAAAUCUUUUUCUUUUGGACUUACUGGAGACACUGAUAUCAGCUCAAAGGGUUUAGCAUUUGGGUCUCAAAUACCAGUUUCUUUUCAAUUUGGAUCAAAUUAUUCUGCAGGAACCACUGUUGACCUUACAGCUCAGGCUGAUAAGAAAACUAUUCAGGCUGAAGCACCACAACAUGCGAAAGUGCCAGCAACUCCAGUUCUCCCUUUUGGCUCUCAAUUUGUUAAGAAAGAGGGUCAAUGGGACUGUGACUCCUGCUUCGUGAGGAAUGAUGCUUCCGCAACUGAAUGCGUUUCUUGCAAAGCCCCCUGCAGUAUUAAGUUAGCUGCCAUGUUUGGUAAAAAAGAGGGACAGUGGGAUUGUGACACUUGCCUGGUAAGAAAUGAAGGUACAGCUAGGCAGUGUGCUUCAUGUCAGGCAGCAAACCCAAAUAUGAAAGCCAAGACCUCUACUGCACCAUCAAGGUCCUCUUUUUCAUUCAGUUUUGGUAGUUCUAGCAAGCAAAUGAGUCUUGGGUCGCAGUUCACAGGUGAACCUCCUAAGGUUCCAAACUUUGGGGGGGUGGCCGGUGCCCCAUCAACAUCAGCAACAACUGCCUUCAAGUUCAACUCCAAUUUCAAGUCCAAUGAUGGUGAUUUCACCUUUUCCUCAGCUCAGAUGAAAAAUAGUGAAAGCCUUUUGGGACUUCUGACGUCAGAUAGUCCUCCCAAAGCGGAAGGACCAUCAGAACCGAAACAUCAGACCCAAGACCAGCCGCCUAGCCAAAGCGGAGUCUUUACUUUUGGAAGUAAAAGUGCCACAGGAUUUUCAUUCACAGAUGCUGCUCAGAGCAAAAUGAAUAUUUUUGGCAACACUGACCAAAGACUUAGCUUUGCAAGUGGAACCAAACCUGUAUUAGGAAUCCCAGAGGUUCGGGAAGAAAAAAGCGGGGAAAGUGAUAAUGAUAGCACCCAUGUGGAAGAGGAAGAGGAUGGACCUCAUUUUGAGCCCAUUGUGCCUCUUCCUGAUAAGGUUGAUGUGAAAACUGGUGAGGAGGAGGAAGAGGAGAUGUUCUGCAAGAGAGCAAAACUCUUCCGGUUCGACCCUGAGACUAAAGAAUGGAAAGAGAGGGGCAUUGGAAGUCUCAAAAUUCUAAAACACAGAACAUCCGGGAAAGUUCGUCUGUUGAUGAGGAGGGAACAGGUUCUCAAAAUCUGUGCUAAUCACUAUAUCACUGCAGAUAUGGUCCUCAAACCAAAUGCUGGAUCUGACAAGUCCUGGGUGUGGUAUGCUAUGGACUAUGCAGAUGAAAUGGCCAAGACUGAGCAGUUGGCUGUUCGUUUUAAAACUGCGGAUGAGGCCACACUGUUUAAAUUCAAAUUUGAGGAAGCUCAAAAAUUCAUUCUAGAGUCUCCACAAGGCCAACAAAUGGAAAAUAAAAAUGAAACUCCGAAGCCUCAGGUUUCAUCCAAAGAAAUGGAUCUUAAAACACUGUUUUCCAAGAAGCAGGGUGAAUGGGACUGUGAUGUGUGCUGUGUAAGAAACGCUCCCACAUCUGCGGUGUGUGUUGCCUGCAAUAGUGCAGCUCCUACAGCAAAGGAAAAACCUGUAGUGUCCCCACAUGGCCAACAGUUGAAAAAGAAAUGUGAAACUCCAAAGCCUCAGAUUUCAUCCAAAGAAAUGGAUCUUAAAACACUGUUUUCCAAGAAGCAGGGUGAAUGGGACUGUGAUGUGUGCUGUGUAAGAAACGCUCCCACAUCUGCGGUGUGUGUUGCGUGCAACAGUGCAGCUCCUUCUACAGCAAAGGAAAAACCUGUAGUGUCCCCACAUGGCCAACAGUUGAAAAAGAAAUGUGAAACUCCAAAGCCUCAGAUUUCAUCCAAAGAAAUGGAUCUUAAAACACUGUUUUCUAAGAAGACGGGUGAAUGGGACUGUGAUGUGUGCUGUGUAAGAAACGCUCCCACAUCUGCAGUGUGUGUUGCCUGCAAUAGUGCAGCUCCUUCUACAGCAAAGAUUAAACCUGUAGAGGAACUGAAAGGCUCUGCACCUGUGGCUCCUCCUGCCAAAUCUUUUUCUUUUGGACUUACUGGAGACACUGAUGUCAGCUCAAAGGGAUUAGCAUUUGGGUCUCAAAUACCUGUUUCUUUUCAAUUUGGAUCAAAUGAUUCUGCAGGAACCGCUGUUGACCUUACAGCUCAGGCUGAUAAGAAAACUAUUCAGGCUGAAGCACCACAACAUGCGAAAGUGCCAGCAACUCCAGUUGUCCCUUUUGGCUCUGGUUUUGGCUCUCAGUUUGUUAAGAAAGAGGGUCAAUGGGACUGUGACUCCUGCUUCGUGAGGAAUGAUGCUUCAGCAACUGAAUGCGUUUCUUGCAAAGCCCCCUGCAGCAUUGAGUUAGCUGCCAUGUUUGGUAAAAAAGAGGGACAGUGGGAUUGUGACACUUGCCUGGUAAGAAAUGAAGGUACAGCUAGGCAGUGUGUUUCAUGUCAGGCAGCAAACCCAAAUAUGAAAGGCAAGACCUCUACUGCACCAUCAAGUUCCUCUUUUUCAUUCAGUUUUGGUAGUUCUAGCAAGCAACCUGCUGCAACAGGAUUUACUGCCAAUUUCAAUCCAGGCCCUGCUUUUCAGUUUGGUACAAGUAAAGAAAAAGCAUCCUCAGAAGGUUUUAAGUUUGUAGAGUCUUCUACAUCUCAGGCUGAUAAGUCGAGCAGUUCAGUGUUUUCGUUUUCCAUGCCAGUGCCUGCUGGAGGUUUCAAGUUUGGCAUUGCAGAAUCUGAGGCAAACGCAUCAGACGGACAGUCACAAAAUGGAUCUGCAUCUGACCUCUUAAAAAAUAUUGCUGAACUUCACAGAGAGAAAAAAGAAGCAAUCCCAAGUUCCUCAGAUGAGCCCUUAGACACUGGUAGUCAUGAUAACAAUCCCCUCAUUACCGGUAAGCCUGACUCUUUUAGUUUUGCAGACUUGGCAACGUGCUCACAAGGUAGUUUUCAGUUUGGCCAGGAGGAUCCCACUUUCAAAGGCUUUGCUGGUGCUGGCCAGCAGCUGUUUACAGCAAUUAAUUCCACCCCCAAGACAGAUACCUCUGCUGAUCAAGAAGAUGAAAUGUACAAAACAGAGGAUAAUGACGAUAUUCAGUUUGAGCCAGUUGUUCAGAUGCCUGAGAAGGUUGACCUUGUUACAGGGGAAGAAGAUGAGAAAAGCUUGUAUUCGCAGCGUGUCAAACUCUUCAGAUUUGAUACAGAAACAAGCCAAUGGAAAGAAAGAGGAGUUGGAAACCUUAAGCUGCUCAAAAAUAAUAAGAAUGGGCGACUUCGAGUUCUUAUGAGGAGAGAGCAGGUGUUGAAGGUAUGUGCUAAUCAUUGGAUUACAACCACAAUGAACUUGAAACCCCUCUCUGGGUCAGACCGAGCCUGGAUGUGGAUUGCCAAUGACUUUUCAGACGGAGAUGCCAGAUUAGAACAGCUUGCGGCAAAAUUCAAAACACCAGAGCUUGCUGUAGAGUUCAAGCUAAAAUUUGAGGAGUGUCAGCGGCUGCUAUUGGAUAUUCCUUUGCAGACCCCUCACAAGCUUGUGAAUACUGGCAGAACGGCCCAACUUAUACAGAAAGCUGAAGAAAUGAAAUCUGGUCUUAAAGACCUCAAAUCAUUCUUGACUUUCCAAAGCAAGGAUGAUGAAAGUAUCAGUACCUCUUCAGUCACAGUCAAACUCGACUCUGAAAGCACCACAACUGCUUUAGAAUGGGAUAAUUAUGAUUUGCAAGAAGAAGCGCUUGACAACUAUGCUGAUUCUUCUGUGUGCAAUACCUCUUUGCAGCCUGAUCCAGUGGGAAAAAGUUUGUUCCGUUUUGGCGAAUCGUCCACAGGCUUUAGUUUCAGUUUUCAGCCUAUUCUCAGUCCCUCCAAGUCUCCAUCUAAGCUAAACCAGAGCCAGGCUUCCGUUGGCACAGAUGAUGAACAAGAAGCAUCGCAAGAGGAAGAGCGAGAUGGUCAGUACUUUGAGCCUGUUGUGCCGUUGCCUGAUCUUGUUGAGGUCUCAACAGGAGAGGAGAACGAGCAAGUCAUUUUCAGUCACAGGGCCAAACUAUACCGCUAUGAUAAAGAACUUAGUCAGUGGAAGGAACGAGGUAUAGGAGACCUUAAAAUACUACAAAACUACGAAACAAAGCGCGUCAGACUUGUUAUGAGGCGUGAUCAAGUCCUGAAAUUGUGUGCAAACCAUUGGAUUGCUUCAAAUAUGAAUCUUGAGCCCAUGAAAGGAUCCGAGAAAGCAUGGAUCUGGAGUGCCUUUGAUUUUGCUGAAGGCCAGGGCAAGAUUGAACAGUUGGCUGUAAGGUUUAAACUGGAAGAAACGGCAAGAAUGUUCAAAGAAGUCUUCGAAGAGGCAAAGGCUGCCCAGGAAAAAGACACUCUUCUCACCCUGCUUUCCGCAAGAGUACCUGCCUUCAGCCAAGAGCCAAUUUGUGGUAAGGCUGCAGUUGCUGUACUUGAGGAAACCACAAAAGAGCGUACUGUACUUCCCGAGGUUGAAAGCAGUCCUAAACUAGAUGGGUCGCCUGGGGCAGAGCUUGGUGCUCAGGUCACCAAGACUCCCAAGUUCUCUUUUGUCUCUCCUCCCAAGUUCGUCUUUGGUUCAGACUCUGUGGAGAAGAUCUUUGGGAGCCCUUUGUCAUCGAAAGAGAAAUCACCUGUUAUGAUUCCCAGUCCAAAAGAUGAGGAAACGAGUGCCUCAAGACUGAAAACCUCUGGACAGGAAGUAACCAGUCAGCCAUCCAUUGGAAAUCCUUUCAGCAUCCCAACAAAAAUCGAGACUCAUCAGACCAGGCAACAUUUUUCCAGUCUUCAACUCUCCAAUUUUGUUUCGCCUGGGUCAGAACAGAAGAACGCUCUGGACGUGUGUGAUGAAGAUGAUGAUGUUGAGAUCAUAUUUGAGCAUAAGCCAACGAGAGAGCAGGCAGAACUGGCCGCCAGACUGAUGCUUCCUCCUGCCUUCUUCUGUUACAAAAACGUCCCAGGAUACGUCAGUGACGAUGACGACGAUGAUGAAGAUUUUGAAACCGCAGUGAGGAAUCUGAAAGGAAAGCUGUAUCCGGACGGAGCUGAAGGGCCGUCAGAUCACGACUCUGAGGUCACACUAGUGUGGGAGAAGAAGCCGACUGCAGACGAGGAGCAGAGAGCCAGACGCCUGAAGCUGCCGCCCACCUUCCUCUGCGACGUCAGCAGCGACUCCGACUCCGAGCGACCCGACGACGUCAGCGCAGAGCUACACACACUGCAGCACGCUCAGGUGAAGCCGGAGCCUUCCCAUGAUGCAGCAGCGGAAGAGCCUCCCGUGGCCGGCAGUGUUGACCCCAUUGACCUCUCCACGAAGAGGAGCAGCGAGAGCGAGUCCAGCUCCACUGCAGCAGGUCUUCCUUUUGCAUUCGCAUCUGAGAGUGCGUUUUCAUUUGGAGACUUGGCAAAGACUGCAGGAGAAUUUGCUUUUGGCAAAAAAGAUGCUAAUUUUUCUUGGUCAAACGCCGGGGCCGCGGUCUUCGGUAAUGCACCCGUGCGAACUGAAGGAGGAGAAGCACACGAUGAAGGAGAAGAGGGCAGUGAUGACGAAUCUCCCCGUAAUGAGGAGAUCCACUUUGAGCCGAUCGUGUCCUUGCCAGAGGUGGAGGUGAAGUCUGGCGAGGAGGACGAGGAUAUCCUGUUCAAAGAAAGGACUAAACUCUACCGCUGGGACCGCGAGCUCAACCAGUGGAAAGAGCGCGGUGUGGGAGACAUCAAGAUCCUCUUCCACCCCGUCAAGAAGUGCUACCGUGUGCUGAUGAGACGCGAGCAGGUGCUGAAGGUCUGUGCCAACCACACCAUCAGCCAGAGCAUGGAGCUCAAGCCCAUGAACACCUCGGCCAACGCACUGGUGUGGACCGCCACCGACCACUCCGAGGGAGACGGGAAGGUUGAGCAGCUCGCAGCCAAGUUCAAGACUCCCGAGCUGGCCGAGUCCUUCAGACGAGCGUUCGUCGACUGCCAGAGCUUCAUGUCGCGGGCCGACUGCGCUCAGGUGUCCGUGGCCGAGGCCCAUUCUCGAGACUCCAACCCCGUGGUGUUCUUCAACAUGGCCGUCGAUGGCGAGCCGGCUGGGAGAAUCGUCAUGGAGCUGUUCGCUCACAUCGUUCCCAAAACGGCGGAGAACUUCCGGGCUCUGUGCACGGGCGAGAAGGGCUUCGGUUUCCGCAGCUCCGUCUUCCACAGGAUCGUCCCCGACUUCAUGUGUCAGGGGGGUGACAUCACCAGCGGGGACGGGACGGGAGGACGGUCCAUCUACGGAGGGAAGUUUGAGGACGAGAACUUCGACGUGAGGCACACGGGCCCGGGACUGCUGUCCAUGGCCAACCGCGGCAGAGACACCAACAGCUCGCAGUUCUUCAUCACCCUCAAGAAAGCAGAACACCUGGACUUCAAGCACGUGGCUUUCGGCUUCGUCAAAGAAGGCAUGGAUGUGGUGAAGAGAAUAGGAGAGCUGGGCGGGAAGGACGGCAAACCCACUAAAGCCAUCACCAUCUCAGACUGUGGACAGCUCUGAACGUUUGGGAAACUUCUGUUCAUGGAGGAAACUGUUCCCUCAACUUUUGUGUAAAUGUGAGAGAUAAUGUGUGUACAUGCAGUGUUUUAUUUUUGUCCUGUUUGUAUCUUACUGCAUUAGUUGACAAUAAAAUUUAUGCUUUGCAAAAUAAAGUUGCUUUUUUUGAACUUGUUUACCCCAGAUUUACCUUGAUAUGUAUUGAGUUUACGGGCUUUUUCGAGGUUUGCUUUCUCUCUUAGACGUGUGUAUUUUGGCUGAAAGGCUCAUUUCCCUCCAGAGUUUUAGAUGGAGCUGAAAUACAGUUUUGCUGUACCUCAAUCCAAUCUCCUGAACAUGAAUAAACAUCUGGCCGGUAGCUUUUCACUA